CAAAGAGUACCAACAAAGGGAAGAAAAUUGAAUAAAUGUUCCAAAUAUGAGAUAGUAUUAGAAACUCAGAAGUUUCCUGGAAUAAAACAUGCACUUGGAUGCGGAAAGUUAUUAAGUAACCAGCUAGCGCUGGAGGUCAGCAUUUAUAACCCCUACUUUCACAGGCCUUGACAAACAGUACUGAAGUUCUGACCUUAAACUUAAAUUCCUUGGGCUCUUAGUACCUAUAAACAUGUACCCAACAUUCCUUCCCCUAGCACGCACUUUAUCAGUCACAAGGAGCCAUUAUUAAUGCAUGUCCUGGUAGGAAGCGUAACUUACAGGGAAGCUAGUAAGUUCUGAAAAGAAGGAAAUAAACGCAGGCACCAAACCAUGAUCCUAAGCUGAUUGUCCUUUAAAUAUGUCAAGAUCCAGACUUUUCAGUGUCACUUCAGUGAUCUCAACAAUAGGGAUCUUGUGUUUGCCACUAUUCCAGGCGCUGCCUGUAUUAAAGGAUUAGAUUGAUGAGAUGUUUGGAUUUUAUUGUUCUAAACAUGUGUUUCAGUUGGUGCUCUCGGACCUACCAUGUGAAGAAGAUGAAAUGUGUGUAAAUUAUAAUGAUCAACACCCUAAAGGCUGGUAUAUCUGGAUCCUGCUGCUGGUUUUGGUGGCAGCUCUUCUCUGUGGAGCAGUGGUUCUCUGCCUCCAGUGCUGGCUGAGGAGACCCCGAAUUGAUUCUCACAGGCGCACCAUGGCCGUUUUUGCUGUUGGAGACUUGGACUCCAUUUAUGGGACAGAAGCAGCUGUGAGUCCACCUGUUGGAAUUCACCUUCAAACUCAAGCCCCUGACCUAUAUCGUGUUCCUGCUCCAUGUUUUGGCACGUUAGGCUCCCCACCUCCAUAUGAAGAAAUUCUAAAAACAAGCUGAUUUUAGGUGUGGAUUAUCAAUUUAAAGCAUUAACGACAUCUGUAAUUCCAAAACACCAAAUUUAGGAAUAGUUAUUUCAAUUAUUGGAUAUGUCCAGAGAUCUAUUCACAUAGUCUGAGGAAGGACAAUUCAACAAAAGAAUGGAUGUUGGAAAAAAUUUGGGUCAUGGAGAUGUUUAAAUAGUAAAUUAGUGGGCUCUUGAUGUGUCACUGCUGUGUCAUACUUUUAUGCUACACAACCAAAUUAAUGCUUUUCCACUCAUACCCAAAUAGGCAACGAUUAGGUGCUGAAAGUUGUUUCCAUCACAUUUAGGACUCCACUGCAGUAUACAUCACACCAUUUUCUGCUUUAAACUCUUUCCUAGUGUGGAGUCCAUAAAAAUUAUUAUAAUUUAACAAUAGCCCAAGCCAAGAAUCCAACAUGUCCGGAACCAGAACCAGAACCAGAAAGAUAAUAUUUGAGUGAAGGUGAGGGGACAGAGUAGGAAAAAGAAACGUUUGGAGUUGAAGGGUAAAGGAUAAAUGAAGAGGAAAAGCAAAAGAUUACAAGUCUCAGUCUAAGAGGUUUUAUGCCUCAGCCUGAGGAGGAAGAAAUUGUAGAUAGAAGGUGAAGGAGAUUGCUGAAGACUUGGAGCACUUUUAAUGCCAAUCGGGGAGAAAAGAAAAGUUCCCCUUUUACAGGAAAGAAUGUGGACUCCAUAGUCCACAGUGUUUCCCUGGAGCCUCAAGGCUUGGCAUUUAUUGCAGCACCAUGCUAAGAACCUUCGGCAGAGAUAUCUGUUCUCAUGAGGACUGCAGAAGUAGCAAUGAGAUAUCUUCAAGUGGCAUUUUGGCAGUGGCCAUCAGCAGGGGGACAGAAAAAAACAUCCAUUGCAGAUGCCAUAUGAUCUUCAGCUGACAAAUUUGUCGAACAAAACAAUAAACAUCAAUAGAUAUCUAAAAUUUAACUUGA